CCUUGUUCCAUUCGCUCAAAACCAGCAAAGGCUUUUUUAUUUCUCAAUCACCAAAAAGCUUCGAGAAAAAUCCCAUUCCUGAAACCCUAUUCUCUCCGUCUAGGAUUUUUUACCUUAGAGAGCAGAUCAUCAAUGGCGUUCAAAAAAACACUGGCUCAGCGUCUGUUCAACAUUUCCAAAAUCACAAACGGUCGGAUAUCUUCGUCCUCGACCCAAACAAGUAUCCCUCCCAACCCGAACCGUACGAAGAUCGCUCCGGAUCCUGGAGAUAAUGGAAUUUUCCGGCGGUUCCUUCACAAGAGGGCUAUUCUCCAGCCGUCCCUUUCAACUGAGAUUCGAUCGCUUCCGAUCGGAGAAAACCUGAUGAACAAGCUCAAGUCCAUAGGCAUUGCGCAGGACCGUAUUCGGCUUGAAGUCCUGACUCCGCCGCCGCCGCCGCCGCCGCCGGUGGAGGAGGCCUCGGCUAUGGUGAGGUCGGGACUGAGAGUUGAGGAUGCGAAAAAGUUGCUGAGCGUGGCGCAGUUAGAGGCGGUGAAAUCGAGACUGAGAGAGAUCCAAAACAGCUGGAUUCCAUUUUCGGAUUUUGUACGGAUAUGCGGGGAAAGCUGUUCGGAUCUGGAAGAGGGUCGACGGUUAGCCAGAAAGCUGGAUGAGAGUGGCAGCGUUAUCGUCUUGGGAAACGUUGUGUUCUUGAAGCCCGAGCAGAUUGCGAAAGCUAUCCAAGAACUGAUUCCAAUCCCCCAAGCAAACCUCAAUGACCCAAGAAGAAAAGAGCUAGAAGAAAUGGAAAAGCAGAAGGCAGAAAUUGACAAAAAGGCUAAGUCCUUGGUCCGUAGGGAGCUUUGGGGUGGACUUGGUUUUCUCGUUGUCCAAACAGCAGGUUUCAUGAGGCUCACAUUUUGGGAACUAUCAUGGGAUGUCAUGGAGCCCAUUUGCUUCUAUGUGACAUCAACGUAUUUCAUGGCUGGCUAUGCAUUUUUCCUCAGGACCUCCAUAGAGCCUUCUUUUGAAGGGUUUUACCACAGCCGGUUCAGUGCAAAGCAGAGGAAAUUGAUGAAGCUACAUAAUUUUGACAUUGGAAGGUAUAAUCAGCUUAAGAAAGCUUUUCAUCCAUACCCAUCGACUUCAUCGUUGGACGGUUCAGAAAAAUUGCAAUUUGGUGUUAUACAUCAAUAAUUAAUACUUUUGACACAAACAAAAGAAAUAAGAAAAGAUGACUACACAGUUUUGUUUAACUUA